AUGGCUACUCUUGAAGAUAAAAUACUUGGAGAGAAGCUUCACAAUUAUUGUAGUAGCAGCGAAGAUGAAGGUUCCGAUGAUGAAGAAAGAAGUGGUGAUGAAGAAGGAGAAACAUCUUUGAAAUCACCAGUUGUGUCAUCUGAAGCUCCACCUAUCAACAAUUGGAAUGGGUCAGCAAGCAACACGGGACCGAAAGGUGUUUUAGAAGAUUGGAGAAGAUUCAAACAAUUGGAAGCAGAAAACCGAAAAGAAUUGGAAAAGGAGCGCAUAGCUCUAGCAAAGAAAUUUACAUUAUCAGUCAAAACAGAGAGAGAAGAACAACAAGCAAAGGAAAAAGAAGAAUUGGAAGAUGAACUGAAUGAGCUUAUAGAUGAAGAAUUUCUAAUGAAAUAUCAACAACAAAGAAUACAGGAAUUAAUGUCUCAGUUAAAAAAAGCACCUAAAUUUGGGAAGGUAAUUACAUUAAAUAAUCAAGAAGAAUUUUUAAAUGCUAUUGAUAAAGAAGAUAUAAAUGUUACAGUCAUCAUACAUAUUUAUAAUCGUAAGGUAAAGCCAUGCACAGCUAUGGAUGGGUGCCUUAACGUUUUAGCAGCAGACUAUCCUAUAAUAAAAUUUUGCCGAAUAGAUGCAGAUGUUGCUGGGCUUAGCCAACAUUUUAGGGUUGAUGGUGUGCCAGCACUCUUAGUUUACAAAGGAGGACAAAUUAUUGGAAAUUUUGUUCAACUGGCAACAGAGCUCGGUAAUGAUUUCUUUGCUGUUGAUGUCCAAAGAUUUCUUAUAGAAUAUGGUAUGCUUCCUGAGAAUUAA